AUGGAAAAAUUUUUAUCGAAAGAAGCAUCUUCGUCAAUAUCUUUUAAAAAAACAUCUAAGGUAUCAGCAGAAUCUGUAGAAUCUGACAAAAAAAGAAAAAAGAAAGAAAAAUCUUUACGGCGUUUUAUCCCAGCAAUAUUUACUAAAGACAAUCAGAAAGAAAAUUUGGAAAAAGUUGAAUUAGGUGAACGUAAGAAACAUAAUGAUAGAUAUUAUACUCAUUAUCAACAAAACGGUCGACUUAAUAGAUGUUCAGAUCCUUUGUAUUUAAAUAACGAUGGAAAAACGCACGUUAAGUUGAAUCCAAGUUUAAGUGGUAGUAUAAUAGAAGAGCGAUUAAAUGAAAUAAAACACGAUCUGUUUCCGACCCCAGGAAAUAUGAGUACUACUACACCUGAUCACUUUUUAAUAUCAGAGAAUGUCAGAACAAAACCAUUACAUCAACAGAAACAUACUGCUCCAAAUGGCUUUCUAGAUGUUCCUUAUAACUCAUUAAGUAUUGACGUUCGUGGACAAGAAAAUAAAUGGAUUGUCGAUGGAAAUAUUAUAAGUGCUUCACCAGAUAUGCGAAAUUUGAAACAACGUAAAUCACAAACAGAUGAAUCUAUUAAACAAUGUGUUUUAAAAAGAAAAUAUAGUUUUCAAGAAUCAAUGAUCUCGCCAUUCAGACGAAAUUGUGGAGCGUCUGGUAGAGUUUCGGCACCUCCUAACGAACGAUUUUUAAUUCGACCAAGAGCUAUUCACCCCAUUGAUAGGCCAUUACCAGCCAUUCCUCAAAAAAUAAUGACAACUAGUGAUUAUUGUAAUAUAUCGCCUAAUAAUAAACCAUCCAAUACUCAAACAGUUGUAAUUGAAAUACAAAAAGAAAAUUCACAAAAUGCACAAGAUCUUAAUAGAGACGCAUCUAAUAAACUUAUGGAGAAAGAGGAUAUAGAAUGCAAUACGGAAAUAUCAAAUACUAUAAAUAAUUUUCAUCGUCCAUUAAAUUUUCAAUCGUCAGAAGCAAAUUUACGUUGUUCUUCUAGUGCAAGCUUAAAAUCAGGAGAUUAUGCUGAUUCGUCGUAUACAGCAAAUUCAAGUCAAAAAAGUGAGCUAUCCCCGACAAGUUCUAAAAGUGGCGAAUAUUAUUUAUUAAAUUCACCUCACGCAAGUAAUCAAACUUCAUCGACUGAUAGUCUAACAGAUCUACGUGUUCAAGAAAUACCCCAAAGUAUAAAAGUUGAAAUAAAUGAAUUAGACUUUGCAUGUGAUAAAUUAUCUCAAAUUAAUCAAUUUACUAAAACUCAAGAAAAAAAUGAACAAAAAUCACAAGAUCUUUAUCAGUCUGAGAAAUCAGGAUUUGUGUAUGAUGGUAUUACCUCUGAAAUAAAAAAAGAUAUCACAGCAUAUGUUACAAAGACUUGUAACCAAUUGGAUAAAAAAGGCACAGAGGAACAAAAUUUAUUGGAUUUAAAAAACUAUGAUCAACAAUUGGAGCAAAAAGUACAUCAGAAUAAAAAUAAAUUGUCGCUAACAAAAAAAAAACAGGAACAAUCUAUGCAUAAUAAUACCUUAUCGAAUUUGCCUAAUUCGAAUGAAAAUGUUUUAACUAAAAAUAAAUUACAACAAGAUAAUUGUCAAGAUACAAAAUUAGCUACUUCGCAGACACAAAUUACUGAUAAAAAAAGUUGUCAUACUAAAGAGUCUCAACCAAAUGACCAAGUUUUGAUUGCGUCACCACAAAGAGAUGAUACUUCAAUGUACAGUGCUCAAUCUUCAUCGUAUCAAUCUGACUUAAAUCAUUCAGUAUCAUCCGUGAAUGAUAAUGCAAAAAAAAAAAAUUGUACAGAUAAUGCUUUAGCAAUCUCAUCAAAUACUCACAACUCUCCAGAUACUUUGCGAAUUGUUAAAAGACAACAGCCUUCAAGUCCGGGCAAAAAUAAUCAACGACGUCCUGAACCAAUUUAUAUUUACAAUAGUCCUAGUUCAACGCCAUCACCUUCCCUUUCAAAUACAGAUCAAAUAAACUAUUCAAAUAUAAACCAAUCAUGUAAAAACGAUAUUUCUGCACAAAUACAUUCUAGUGACUCUUAUAAUGAAACACAGUUUUCGAAUGAACAAACAAAAAUUGAUUCGCAAAAGAAACGAAAUACUUUAGAAACAAAUCGUCAAGUGCCACCAGAAUCGAAAAAGAAAACAGACUUUAGCAUUAAUAGUGGUCAGCAAUCGUUGUCGCCCCAAAAGAAGAAAAUGAUGCAACAUCUUGAAGCUUAUUACUGGCAUCAAAAAGCCAUUGAUGCUCAAAGAAAAUCAGUAAUUGGAAUGAAUAGUCUAGAAGUAAAGGAAUAUGCUUAUUGGAAACAAAUACAAGGAAUUAAUAGAGAACGAUCCAUGAUAAAUCAAGAAUAUAAUAGAAAAAUGUUAUUUCAAAGUCAGCAAAUAUAUUGCAAUGGGCGAGUUGAAUAUGGAUCGCUACCAGAAGCUGAAAGACAAACUCAAAUAGAGAAUUUUGAACGACAAUGUAUGUAUCAAAAAGAACAAAGACAACCGAUACUGGUAGUCAGACCACAACCAUGUCCUAGAAAUAAUUCUUCAUUACAGGCAAAUUGUGCUAUUAAUUCCAAUGCACAACAACCUUUUCCAAUUUACAGGCGUGUUUCUCAAGCAAAUAACAACGGUAACAUGAUUAUUGCUGAUUAUGGAAAUAUGGGACCAAAGCGUGUAAGUUUUUCAAAUCAAAAUAAUGUAACUAAAAUUGGACCCGGCCAAUGGCCAACAAAGCAUGGGCCUGCGCCGGAACCUCCUACGCGAAAGAAAAAAAUUGAACCAUCCAGUCAUUAUGAUACUCCGUGUACGAAUGUAUUACCAUGUGAUAAACAAGAAUUGGCAAAAUAUGAUGAAUAUGAUGCCAACAGGCCUCUGCCAGCUCCUCCAAAUCAUUCGUCAUCUCCAAGUUCAUGGCUACCUAUGAAAAGAUACUCUAUUCCUAAAGGACAACAGCGGAAUUCUAAAUAUCAAGUUAUUCAGAAUAGGUUGCCACGUCAUUCUAUUAACGAUGAUGAUACUGAUCAUAAGUUUCUACCAACUUUCAGUGAAAGUGAAAGUGGAAGUGAAGCAGGCGAAGUACAAAGAAUCCUUCAACAGCGUCAAAAUGAAGAAGAGUGGAAUGCAGAUGGCAAGAAUCGCUAUUCAAAUGAAAGUGGUGGUACAGGAAAGGCGGAGGGUGAAGGGCCUAACGAUCACCCUGGCAGGCGCAUCGGGGGUGUUGACAUCGGGAUCGGCGGUGGGGCCGCCUUGGGGACCCAAGGCCGGACCGGCGGGGUCGGGGGCGGGCGCUCACGCGACGAACUCCGCAGACAUACCCUCAGCGGCGACCAUCAACCAAACGCCCUGUUGCAUCACCAGCAGUUCAACGCGGUGGUCGGCGCUGCCUCGGGCCAGACGAUUCAUCCCCUACACCCGCGGCACCUACCACCGCCCCACAGCCAGUACGGGCCCUCAGCCCGACACACCACUAUGGAUCUUGAGAUGGGAACCAAGUCUCGUCAAAGAAAGUCUCCUCUUCCACGAGGGUAUCCUCCUCCAUCUUCAGCAAUGCUUUUCGAUGAUGAUCCAGGAAUUAUGUCCGAAGUGGAGACGUCAAGUACUGGAUUUCGUCGGGGUGGCAAACAAAGAAGCAGUUUGCCGGUUGUACGGACUCCCAGUAAGACUUUGGAACGUCCACUAGGCCUGGUAUUUCUGCAAUAUAGAAAUGAAACUAAAAGAGCUUUACUACCUAAUGAAAUAACAAGUAUUGAUACGGUUAAGGCUCUUUUUGUCAGAAGUUUUCCUAAACAACUUACUAUGGAGUAUUUGGAUAGUCCUCAUGUUAAAAUCUAUAUUCACGACAGCAACAAGGAUAUGUUUUACGAAUUAGAAGAUUUAAGAUCACAUUUACGGGAUAUCAGAGAUCGCAGUGUACUUCGACUUUUUGAAAGCGAUGGUGUUGCCGGAAUGCCAGGAACUCUUAGAGUUCCUGGUGGUCCCAUGCUACCCUCUCAUUGGGAGGAUCCAAGUUAUUUUAGUGAACCAGAGUUUGAUAGUGAAUUUCAGCAUCAACACAUCCACAAGAGUAAGAGUGCCAAAAGUGCGAGUGCCAGCACCGGAUAUUACAUGAGCGGCAGUAGCACGCUGCCCCGAGGCGGAGCUUUGCUGCGACCCUACAGUCCCGCGACUACUGUGCUACCUGGGCCAAAUGGUACGGCCGUUCCUGGACAGCCCAAAACUAUUGGUACACCAGGUGGCGGAGGGGGGCAGGCACCAGCCAAACCUCUACGAAACUACCAUUGCGGCAAAAGUCCUCUUGGCAGCCUCGGGAGUUCGACGCGCUUUUCCCGUGAUAGCUCGGUUUCCCUCUAUAGUAUACCAGAUCCACUGCAUGGUGAAAGUGGCUACAUAAGUAGUCCCGAGAGGGGUGGUGCUGGAGGUAUUGUUCCUGCGCCUGUCGGUAAUACCGGCAAUGGCAGUACUCCUGGUUCAACUACAUCAAAUAGAUAUCCACCUGGUCCUUACAGCGCUAGCAGUAGCUACGAGGAUCCUUAUUAUUCACAGUACUCUGGUACAGUAACACCGGUAAUCGAUGAAGAAGCUAGCAGUGACACGGAGCUAUUGGACGAGUCAUACAGUCUGUAUGGAGUGAAACCUCCAGGGCGACCACCUUCUGGUCCCCCGCGAUCUCCAUUCGCAACCGGGGGUCCCGCACUCCUACCUAGUGGACAGCCCUACGAUGCCACUCGAAUAAGAGUGGAACAUAUGGAAAGGCAACUCGCCAACUUAACAGGACUCGUACAAAAAGCUCUUACACAUGCACCGCAUCCAAGUCCCUCGCCAAGGGACUAUCUACAAGUUCCUGCUGGACGCGAUACCUAUGUCCGUAAUACAGAUGACAACUAUUUAAGGACCGACGUUAAGCCACCGAAACUAGGCAAAGAUAAAUCAGUAUCUUUCGAAAAAUCAGUUUCAUUCAGCGACGAACCACCUGACAUGAACUCUCCUAAACAGCAUUCACCGCAACACACAGCGGACUCAAAACCUACCAAACCGGCUAUCAAAUCCUCGACUCUGCCGAGGAUGUCUUCACAAGAACGAGAGAGGCAUAAACCGACUCCGCCUCCAAAACCUGUAGCAUUAGCAACGGGUCAAUACGUCUAUCGAGAUCUAGCUCUUACUCCAGAAAUGUAUAAUCAAUUGAGAGGUUUGCAGAAAAAAGCCAAGGAUCUGCGUCAAGAAAUCAGAAAUCUUAGACGUAUGUCCCAGGCCCAAGCACAUACCGUACGGGAAACUAUUCGAGAUACCUUUAUCACUAUUAGAGCAACUCUCUUAUCAAGCGGAGAUAAUGCAUGGGCAAAUGACGAUGCAGAAAAAUUAAGAUUAAGUCGAGAAGAAGAUCUUUAUAAACAAGAGAUGUUAUGGCUGGAAAAGGAUCUUACUGGACUGGAAAGCACCGUAGAAGAACUGCGAGGUAAUGUGAUAAAUCGUAAAACUCGAGUUAACAUGUCCGAUGUUGAGAAUAUGGCAUUAAUUCUCAAUAAAGCAAGCCAAACAGUAGCAGAUUUGAAAGUUCGUUUUCCGAACUUACAGGAAGGUAUGAAGGGUUUACUCAGUUCCGAGAUGGAAAAAGUAAUGAGAAAAGAAAAAUUUUUAAAUGAAGAACCAGAUCGUCUAGAGUCAGAUCUCAAACGUUGCAAAAAAUUAACAGGCACCCUUGUUACUCUUAAACGCUUGGCAUCAGUACAGGAACAACGCUUGCCAAACUCUACAGGAAGUGCCGAUGGUGAUGAGGCAACACUAAUCACACCAACUACGGCACAAUUUUCUAAGGCAACUACCCCAGUGCCAGCGGAACGAGCUCCUCUGGGCUCAUCAGCCUUCAUCUCUGGGGGAAGCCGGGAGUCUACCGAAUCAUCACACAGCACCGGCGGCCAUACCCAGCGUCCGGAGAACGCACUCGACGCUCUGCUAGACGAGCUCCAGACCUUUAGCCGGCCGAGUUCGCAGCUCUCCCAGGUUGCGAAUGUCCCCGACGUCGGGCGCAAAAGCAGCAUCGAUCCUAAUCCGGGUCAGCCAGCGCAACGCCGCCUUCACUCCUGUCCCGGGGAGGGCGAAUCCGAGGCCGACGGCCCCAUCACCGACGAGCUCCCUAUAACGCCACCCAAGCCGCCCCUUCCUGAACGCAACGCCGAACUCUUGCAGCUGGCGAGUACUCGACGCGCACCUCCACCCCCGCCGCCCCGAACGAGCUCGCGUUCGCCUCUCGCUAGUCCCACGAGUCCGCAGCUUCCCCCGAGGGCCCCGCUACGUCGCGGUCUCCCCCUGGUAAAGGCUGCCUCGGAGAGCAACGCGCGCCCGGGACCAGGUGCCAGUCCCGCGCCCGGGCCCGGUCCCCUCUCCACCAGCAACUCGAGCUCCUGCGAGAGCGUCAACUCACAGGAGGGUCUGCAAAAUAAACGCGGUCGACACGAGCAGCUGGAGCAACGACACCAAGAGCUGCUCCGUAAACAGAAGGCCCUGCAAGAGCAGUACGCGCGGCUGCAGCAGCUCCAGCGCAACGCCUCGAGCUGCACGACCAACGCUCCGCCCGCACCCCCGGAUCUCCUGAAGAAGACGGGCUCGGAGAGCAAUCUUCUAGCCAAGAUGGGCCUUGGACUGACCGCGGCCGCCAGUUCUGGCUCGUUGAGCAACCUCACGGCCCCAGCGACGGAUGCUACGACCAUUACCGCUGGCAAGCUUUACGAGACGGACAUUCUGUGACCGGAGAGGGGGCCCGCGACGCCCCGCGAAUGCGCGCGCGAGUUUACCGACCGACCCAAUGGAAGUAGUGUUUCGCGCCCCUUGACUGGCUGCUCCAGCGGCUAAAUCCUCGCGACGAUGUUCACGAAAUCGCCCACUCGAUCUAUAAUAGGCUACUUUAAUCACUCUAAACGAUGUAUUCCAUUGUAUCGCUAAAAGAUAAAUGACUUUAAAUAAAGUACCCUCAUUUUUGGCUGUUUGAAUCGUAGCACUGGUCGUCGCGUAUUUCUGAGAGCGCUCAAUAAGAUGCGUGAGACUCCUUUUUGGACUUUUUGAUCGACUAUAAUACACACACAAACACACGGACGCACGGAUACAAACGGGCGCGCCCGCGUAUUACAUAAGCAACAACACGUACAUAAUGACAU